CAGGAAUCGCUUUAUGUGGAGAGAGUCUGCAGUGAUUCCAUUGUAAAGAAACCCUUGAACCACCACACCUACUGCAUCCUUCUCCUUGCUUCUUAGCUUGGCUUACCAUCUUCUCUAAAACAACCGUGCUCUGCCCCCCAGUAUAAGUACUCACCUGCUGGCCACACAAGAUGCUAGAAGCCAGGUAGACACUGAAACAGGAGUUUGGGCACAGUAAUAGGGCCACCUCUCUUUGGUCUCUGUGCAGUAUCAAGCGAAAUGGACAACAGCAUGCCUGUAGUCAGUAAGAUGUAUUGCUCAAGCACUCCAGCGGCGCUGAUGAUCAGGAGAAGACCCAUGGUAGUGAAUGGCGGUGGUUUUGUUGUUACUGACUUUAGUCAUAAUGUUGUUUUCAUUGUGGAUGGUUGUGGUAUACUUGGAUCUAAGGGAGAGCUCAUGGUGAAAGACAGUGAUGGAGAACAGAUACUAUUCAUUUCUAGAAAGGGAGGAAUUGUACAGGCUCUAAGCACGCGGAACAAAUGGAAUGGGUACUCAAUGGAUUACCAAGGGAAAAACAAGUUGGUCUUUAGCCUAACUGAUCCCAAAUCAUGCAUAGCAAAAGGUGCACCGGUUAGAAUUCACAUUGAACCAAAGAGGCACUGCAAUAAUUGGGAUUUCGAGAUCUGUGGAUCUUUUGCAGAUAGGAACUGCACAAUAAUUGAUUGCACUGGAAAAAUAGUGGCGCAGAUGGGGAAGAAAGAGCUGAUAGAAAGUAAUGACUUCUACCACGUGACAGUGCAGUCAGGAUGUGACCAGGCUUUUAUCAUUGGGGUGAUGGCAGUUCUUGACAACAUUCAUGGAGAAUCCACCAGAUGUUAAUAAAAUGAAUGGGUGAAUUUGCUCACUUACAGCACCUACUUUAAUUUUGAAGUAGAGGUCAAACGAAUGUAUGUCCACUGGAAAGUGACAACAUCCCACUGUAUCAGGCUAUCAGCUCAGCUACACUGUAUAUUAGAUUUAGCCAGUUUUCAGAAGUUAGCGAGUGAUUAAUUGAUGAUGUAGUAGUGCCAAGAGUUUAUUAUAUGAGCUUAACGUGUGUGCUGCUCAA